AUGUGGAGAGAGACAGUGUGCGUUGUGGUUGUGUGGGUCAUACGGAGGUGGCUGAUGCAGAGAGGGUCUCUAUGUUUGCGGAGAUGUGGCUAUGACCCAACAAGGGCACCAUUGUGGUUGGUGACAGUGACCAGUUAUGCACUGUGGCUAGUCGGUGGUGACAUUAUGUAUGGCGUGGAUUCGAAUCUGUAUGUGUCGGUCUCGAGAAAGCUCCAUCAGAGAGCGCCAUCAGAGAAUUGGUAUUACAGGAUACUGCUGCUUAUGACAGGUCAGUUGGAAAAUGCAACAGUUGUUGUUGAUGCAUUGUCUGUAUGUAUGACUAUCAAUGAAUUGGAAUUGAUUCCAUUUGCCUUCUUUGCCGGUACCGGCCCUAUAAUGAUGAGUGCCGGAGAAUUAGAAAGUGAAAAUGCUGGAGAGCCUGCAAAGUUGAUUAGGCAAAGGUACCGCGAGGCAGCCGACAUUAUCAAAAAAGGAAAGAUGUGUUGUCUUUUCAUCAAUGAUCUUGAUGCAGGAGCUGGUAGACUUGGUGGAACUACUCAAUACACAGUCAACAACCAGAUGGUAAAUGCAACCCUCAUGAACAUUGCUGACAACCCUACCAAUGUUCAACUUCCGGGUAUGUACAACAAGGAAGAAAAUCCUCGCGUCCCUAUUGUCGUAACUGGCAAUGACUUCUCUACAUUGUAUGCUCCUUUAAUACGUGAUGGACGUAUGGAAAAAUUCUACUGGGCGCCUACUCGCGAGGAUAGGAUUGGUGUCUGUCAAGGUAUUUUCAGGUCAGAUGGUGUCCCUAAGGAUGGCAUUGUCAAGAUUGUCGACACAUUCCCUGGACAGUCAAUCGACUUUUUUGGUGCCUUGAGGGCUAGGGUGUAUGAUGACGAAGUGAGGAAAUGGAUUUCUGGUGUUGGUGUGGAGCAUAUUGGAAAAAGGCUUGUGAAUUCAAAGGAUGGACCACCAACUUUUGAGCAGCCUAAGAUGACUAUUGAGAAGUUACUAGAGUAUGGAAAUAUGUUGGUUCAAGAACAAGAGAAUGUGAAGAGGGUUCAGUUAGCUGACAAAUACCUCGGCGAGGCAGCUCUUGGAGACGCGAAUGAAGAUGCUAUCAAGACUGGAAACUUCUACGGACAAGGAGCUCAGCAAGUUGCUUUUCCUGUACAGGAAGGUUACGCCGACCCUUAUGCAGAAAACUAUGAUCCAACGGUCAGAAGUGACGAUGGAAGCUGCUCAUACAAUUUGUAG